AAGAAGAACAAGAGAAUGAGGACAUCGAUGUUGAUGAUAAUGCUAAAAAAGAAAAAGACAAUUUUAAUUCAGACCGGUUGACAGCCGAUACUUCAGAAUCGUGCAAUAUUGAAGAAUUUUCGCCAGAUCAAACUUGUGAUAUUGGAUCGAUCGAGUCCAGCCAAAGUGACCAUGAAGAUUCCUUGCCACCGUCUCCUGUGUCAGCGUCUUUGGAACGUGAAGAAAAUUUUCUUCGUCAAUUGGGUUGGCAGAAACCUUAUGACAAAGAUGACGACAGUCAAUGGGCGAUUACCGAAGAAGAGAGGCGAUUGUUCAUCAACUUGGUUCGUGCUCUAAACGGUGUUUCUAUCAACGAAAAUAAUGAGGUUGACACCGGAAAUACAUUAUCGAAUGGAGAAAUUAAUCGCGCGAAUAAGAAUUGGGCCGCAACUGUCAUGAUUAAAAAACAGCAAAAUGGUAACAUUUGCAUUCAAAAUGAGGAUAGUAAAGCUAAUAAUAUCGAGUGUUUACGACUUCUCGUUUGA